AUGAUGCUUCAGUUACAAAGAUGGAUGUGUUCAUGGAAGACUGUGGUGUACUUGUGUCUGUUGUUUGGUGUCGUCCUGGUGACUAUGUCCGGGGUCAGGUACAUGAACUGUAACGAUUGCUACCUGUGGUGGAGUCCACAACCUUCCUCUCCCAGAGUGACACUAAACAUUACCAAUAACGAGGGGGCUGUAGCCUACCUGGAGAAAUACAAAUCUUUAUUCAAGUCACCUGCGGAGCAGCUGGCCCUAGAGCCAGAUCCCAACAAACCAAAGACAAUCACCACCUGGUGGCAAGCGGCAGCCAUGAUAGACUGGUACUUCAACACGCCGCUGCGAUACCAGUGCCAGCAGAGGGUCGCAGUCGGCAACUGGCACAUCUGCCAAGACAGCCCGUUUACGGUGAAGCCACCUUGCCUCGUCUACUCGUUUGGAAUCAACUUUGACUUCUCCUUUGACGAUGCAAUGGCACAGAUGGGGUGUGAAGUCCAUUCCUUCGACCCCAGCAUGAAACUGCAAGACCACAAGAGGGGGCCUCUCUCGACAUUCCACAACAUGGGAUUAGGCAGUUACAACACCAACGCGUACAGCCCCCGUUCAGACAUGUACGUCAAGAAUAAUCAGUUGUGGAAAAUGAGAACUGUGAAAUCUAUCAUGCAAGAGUUGGGCCAUGAAAAC